AGCCGAGCCCCGCGAGCCGAGGAGUGCGCGACCAUGCCCGCAGCCCCGCGCGGCGGCCCCCUGAGCGCGCGCGGCCCGCCGCUGCCGCUGCUGCUGCUGUUGCUGCUGCUGCUGCUGUGCCCAGCGCUGGUGCUUCCCCAGUCCUGUGUUUGGUAUGGAGAGUGUGGCAUUGCCUCCGGAGAUAAGAGGUACAAUUGCCGGUAUUCUGGACCACCAAAACCAUUGCCCAAGGAUGGGUAUGACUUAGUACAGGAACUCUGUCCAGGAUUUUUCUUUGACAAUGUCAGCCUCUGCUGUGAUGUUCAGCAGCUUCGAACACUGAAGGGCAACCUGCAGCUGCCGCUACAGUUUCUAUCCAGGUGUCCAUCCUGUUUCUAUAACCUAAUGAACCUAUUUUGUGAGCUGACAUGCAGUCCUCGGCAGAGUCAGUUUCUGAAUGUUACAGCUACUGAAGAGUAUGUUGACCCUGCCACAAACCAGACCAAGACCAACGUAAAGGAGUUACAGUACUACAUCGGACAGAGAUUUGCUGACGCCAUGUACAACGCCUGCCGGGAUGUAGAGGCCCCCUCAAGUAAUGACAAGGCCCUGGGCCUCCUGUGUGGGAAGGACGCCAGUGCCUGCAAUGCCACCAACUGGAUCCAGUACAUGUUCAAUAAGGACAACGGACAGGCGCCAUUUACCAUCACUCCCAUUUUUUCAGAUCUCCCGGUCUCCGGCAUGGAGCCCAUGAAUAAUGCCACCAAAGGCUGCAAUGAGGCGGUGGAUGAAGUCACGGCACCCUGCAGCUGCCAGGACUGCUCUGCCAUGUGUGGCCCCAAGCCCCAGCCCCCACCGCCUCCCGUGCCCUGGAGGAUCUGGGGUCUGGACGCCAUGUAUGUCAUCAUGUGGAUCACCUACAUGGCGUUCUUGUUUGUGUUUUUUGGAAUGUUUUUCGCUGUGUGGUGCUACAGAAAACGGUACUUUGUGUCCGAGUACACGCCUAUUGAUAGCAACAUAGCUUUCUCUGUUAAUGCCAGCGACAAAGGGGAGGCGUCCUGCUGUGACCUGCUGGGUGCAGCAUUUGACGGCUUUUUGAGGCGACUGUUCACUCGCUGGGGAGCCUUCUGUGUCCGAAACCCUGGCUGCGUCAUCUUCCUCUCGCUUGUCUUCAUCGCUGCAUGUUCUUCGGGCCUGUUGUAUGUCCAGGUCACCACCAACCCAGUCCAGCUGUGGUCGGCCCCCAAUAGCCAGGCCCGCCUGGAGAAAGAGUACUUUGAUGCACACUUUGGGCCUUUCUUCCGAACCGAGCAGCUCAUCAUCCGGGCCCCCCACACUGACAAGCACAUCUAUCAGCCAUACCCCUCGGGCGCUGAUGUGCCUUUUGGACCACCACUCGACAAACAGAUUUUGCACCAGGUUCUUGACUUACAGACAGCCAUUGAGAACAUUACUGCAUUUUAUAACAAUGAGACGGUGACUCUCCAAGACAUCUGCUUGGCCCCUCUCGCUCCAUACAACAAGAACUGCACCAUCCUGAGUGUGUUAAACUACUUCCAGAACAGCCAUUCUGUGCUGGACAACACAAAAGGGGACGACUUCUUUGUGUAUGCUGAUUACCACACGCACUUUCUGUACUGUGUCCGGGCUCCUACCUCUCUGAAUGAUACCAGUUUGCUCCAUGAGCCUUGUCUGGGCACAUUUGGUGGUCCAGUGUUCCCGUGGCUUGUAUUAGGAGGCUAUGAUGAUCAAAACUACAAUAAUGCCACUGCCCUCGUGAUUACCUUCCCUGUCAAUAAUUACUACAACGAUACAGAGAAGCUGCAGAGGGUCCAGGCCUGGGAGAAAGAGUUUAUUAAUUUUGUGAAAAACUACGAGAAUCCAAACCUGACCAUCUCUUUCACUGCUGAACGCAGCAUCGAAGAUGAGUUAAACCGCGAAAGUAACAGUGAUGUCUUCACUGUGGUCAUUAGCUAUGCUGUCAUGUUCCUGUAUAUUUCUCUAGCCUUGGGGCACAUCAAAAGCUGCCGCAGGCUUCUGGUGGAUUCCAAGGUCUCGCUGGGCAUUGCAGGCAUCCUGAUGGUGCUGAGCUCAGUGGCCUGCUCUUUGGGCAUCUUCAGCUACAUUGGGAUCCCCUUGACCCUCAUCGUGAUCGAAGUCAUCCCGUUCCUGGUGCUGGCUGUCGGGGUGGACAACAUCUUCAUUCUGGUGCAGACCUACCAGAGAGAUGAACGUCUUCAAGGGGAAACCCUGGAUCAACAGCUGGGCAGGGUCCUAGGAGAAGUGGCUCCCAGCAUCUUCCUUUCUGCCUUUGCUGAGACAGUGGCCUUUUUCUUAGGGGGCCUGUCAACGAUGCCUGCCGUCCACACUUUCUCUCUGUUCGCGGGGAUGGCAGUCUUCAUUGACUUCCUUCUUCAGAUCACCUGCUUUGUGAGCCUCCUGGGGUUAGACAUCAAGCGUCAAGAGAGAAACCAGCUGGACAUAUGCUGCUGCUUCAAGGGUGCUGAGGCUGGGACGAGCAUCCAGGCUUCCGAGAGUUACUUGUUUCGCUUCUUUAAAAACUCCUAUUCGCCACUUCUGCUAAAGGACUGGAUGCGACCCAUUGUGAUAGCAGUGUUCGUGGGUAUUCUCUCGUUCAGUAUCGCAGUCCUGAACAAAGUGGAAAUCGGAUUGGAUCAGUCUCUCUCAAUGCCUGACGACUCCUACGUGGUGGACUAUUUCAGGUCCCUCGGGCAGUACCUGCACGCUGGGCCUCCUGUGUACUUUGUCCUGGAGGAAGGGCACGACUACACCUCCCUGCAGGGGCAGAACAUGGUGUGCGGCGGCAUGGGCUGUGACAACGACUCCAUCGUGCAGCAGAUAUUUAACGCAGCCCAGCUGGACAACUACACACGUAUUGGCUUCGCCCCCUCGUCUUGGAUUGACGAUUAUUUCGACUGGGUGAAGCCACAGUCAUCUUGCUGCCGAGUCUCCAAUGUCACAGAGCAGUUCUGCAAUGCCUCAGUGGUUGACCCUGCCUGCGUCCGCUGCAGGCCUCUCACCCCAGAGGGAAAGCAGCGGCCUCAGGGUGAGGACUUCAUGAGAUUCCUGCCCAUGUUCCUCUCUGACAACCCGAACCCCAAGUGUGGCAAAGGGGGACAUGCUGCUUAUGCCACGGCAGUCAACAUCUUGGGCAACAACACUGCUGUCGGAGCCACAUACUUCAUGACCUACCACACAGUGCUGCAGAGUUCCGCCGACUUCAUUGACGCCAUGAAGAAAGCCAAACUCGUGGCCAGUAACAUCACCGCCACCAUUGGCCUGAAGGGCAGUCACCAGCGUGUGUUCCCUUACAGCGUGUUCUACGUCUUCUACGAGCAGUACCUAACCAUUCUCGAUGAUACCAUCUUUAACCUUGGCGUGUCCCUGGGAGCAGUGUUCGCAGUGUCCGUGGUGCUCCUGGGCUGUGAGCUGUGGGCUGCGGUCAUUAUGUGUGUCACGAUUACCAUGAUCUUGGUCAACAUGUUUGGGGUCAUGUGGCUCUGGGGCAUCAGUCUGAAUGCAGUGUCCUUGGUCAACUUGGUGAUGAGUUGUGGCAUCUCCGUGGAGUUCUGCAGCCACAUAACCAGAGCGUUCACAGUGAGUGGAAAAGGAAGCCGUGCAGCCCGUGCAGAGGACGCGCUUGCUCACAUGGGCAGCUCUGUCUUCAGUGGAAUCACACUUACUAAAUUUGGAGGGAUUGUGGUGUUGGCUUUUGCCAAAUCUCAGAUUUUCCAGAUAUUUUACUUCAGGAUGUACUUGGCCAUGGUCUUGCUGGGUGCCACACAUGGGUUGAUCUUCCUUCCGGUCUUGCUCAGUUACAUAGGACCCGCAACAAAUAAAGCCAAAAGUUGUGCCACUCAAGAGCGAUACAAAGGUACUGAGCGAGAGCGACUCCUAAAUUUCUAGCUCCCUCCAGGGCUUGGUGACUUUGAACUGUGUCUAAGGGUCCGUCAUUUACCAGGUGCCCCAGUGGACAGAGCUGCACUGCCAAGGCUAAGUUGAACGGUGGAUGUUUGCCAACGUCAGGCUGUUGCAUCGCAGCAGCUGAGGCUGUAGUGUUUUUAAACUCAGGACAGCGCGGCUGGCUGGUGAAGCAGUAUUACACAUCCUGAAGACGAGCACGGGACCUGACCGCCCCUCCUACUCUCCAGGAAGCAGAGGUGACACCGGGACGGCUCUGGGCAUGACCUGCUCACUGACCUGUAAAAGGCCAAUCAGGGCACUGGCUCCUGUUUUUAGGAGUAAGCCAUCACACAAAGUUCUAGACCAUAUUUUUAGUAGCAUUUGAAGAUGUUGUAGAUACACUUUAUUGUAACACUUUGUAGUUUAAAGAGCUUUAUUAAUGCAAUAAAUUAACUUUGUACACAA